UCUUUCAUCGAUCCCACCGACGCAGAAGCGAUCAAAGCGCUCGAAGACGGUACCCGGAAGCUAGAAGAAGGGGACCUCGAAGGAGCAACAAAAUGCUAUGAACGAAGUGUGCAAAUUCGCCGUACAGCGCAUACGUUGUACAAUCUUGGUGUCAUUCGGUAUCAUGCUAAGGACUAUGGUGCUGCGAUCCAAGCGUGGCUGGAAUCAAUUGAAAUGGAACCAAGAAGUGCUGACGCACAUACCAACCUGGCGUCCGCAUACAUCAUGUCCCCCGUUCCGCGAAGAGAACUCGCGCUGCGGCACCUCCGGAUCGCGCACAAGCUGGCACCCGAAGAUCCUGAAAUUUCGUACAAUUUAGCAGCUGUGCUCGAAGCAGGCGGGCAUCUUGAAGAAGCAUUGGAAUUCUAUCAGCAGAGCAAGGAGCGCGGGAUCGAGCGAGCCGCUGUGAACAUCAGGAAUCUAGGUGGGAAGAUCGUGGCGAAGAGAGUCAAGGAGCAGGAGCAAUCCGACAAGGAGUGA